GAUCAAAAUAUUAAUGUCGUUCAUGGCUCAAGAGGACGGAUCUUCAUCUAUAAGCUCAUCUCCACUGCACUUGUUCUCCUUGAUGUCACUUUCACCUGGAAUCGGAUCACCAUUUCCAUGGCUAAGAGAACUGGAAUCUGAAGAACGCGGUUUGUACCUAAUUCAGCUUCUCGUUGCAUGUGCUAACCAAGUGGCUGCUGGUAGCAUCGAGAAUGCCAACAUUGGACUUGAACAGAUUAACCGUCUUGCAUCUGCAGAUGGUGACACAAUGCAAAGAAUUGCAGCUUAUUUUACUGAAGCACUUGCCAAUCGAAUGCUUAAAGGGUGGCCCGGCUUAUACAAAGCCAUUAAUUGUACUAGAAUCACAUCAUUAGCUGAAGAGAUUCUUGUGAAAAGAUUGUUUUUUGAUCUGUGCCCUUUUUUGAAAUUGUCGUAUUUGAUCACAAAUCAAGCGAUUCUCGAAGCUAUGGAAGAUGAAAAGAUGGUUCAUAUCAUAGAUUUGUGUUCUUCCGAACCUGCACAGUGGAUUAAUCUUCUACAAUCAUUAAGUACCAGACGCGAAGGUCCACCACAUCUACGUAUCACAGGAAUUCAUCAACAGAAAGAGGUCUUAGAACAAAUGGCGCUUCGAUUAAAUGAAGAGGCUGAGAAUUUAGACAUCCCAUUUCAAUUUAAUCCGGUAGUUAGUCGCUUGGAUAAUCUUGAUAUAGAAUCUUUACGUUACAAGUCAGGAGAAGCACUAGCAAUCAGCUCAGUUCUACAACUCCACACUCUUUUAGCAUUUGAUGACGAAAUCAGUAAAAGAAGCAUGAAGCAAGUUCCAUUAGAUUCACAGACUUUAGGUGAUUUUCUCAAAAAAGAUGUCAUAAACACCUUUAGCCCAAGUCCAGAUUCGCCUAUGGGUAAUUCAGGUAAAAUGAUGAACUUCUUGAAUUCCCUUUGGACAUUAUCGCCUAAACUGAUGGUGGUAACUGAGCAAGAAUCAAACCAUAAUGGAUUCAGUUUAAUGGAAAGAGUACUCCAAGCAUUAAACUUUUAUGCUGCAUUGUUUGAUUGUUUAGAAUCAACCGUUGCACGUUCAUCAUUGGAACGCCAAAAACUUGAAAAGAUGUUAUUUGGUGAGGAAAUCAAGAACAUUAUAGCUUGUGAGGGGCUUGAAAGAAAGGUGAGGCACGAGAAGCUUGAAAAAUGGGUUCCACGGCUCGAGUUCGCUGGAUUCGGAAGGGUUCCUUUAAGCUACAACGGCAUGUUGUUAGGUACAAGAUUGCUACAGAAUUACGGAUAUGAUGGGUAUAAGAUGAACGAAGAAAAUGGUUGUGUGGUUAUAUGCUGGCAUAAUCAACCAUUGUUUACAAUUUCCGCAUGGAAAUUUAGAACCUACAGUUAGUUUGUAAGUUGUAGUCCUGUAUAAAAAUAAAACAACUCUGCCCUGUGCUUCUAAAUGUAUGAUCCUCUUUUUAACUAAUAAAAACCUUCAUGAUCUUUU